UCAUCCUGCUCACUUAAACUUCAGAUGCUCAGGGCCUUUAAAGUGUUUGUCCUUUUUGCAGAAGACAUCGCACCUGAAUAAUUCAACUGUUCAGCAAUUUUUACACCUUAAAAAAGAGAAAAGAAACAAAAAAAAAAUAGAAAAAACAAAACCAAACAAAAAGAAUGGGCUGUGUUCAAAGCUUCAGGGAGCUGUGUGACCGUCAAAAAAAUACUAAUGUUCGUCUCAGUCUUCCAGCCGUUUGUAUUGUAUGGCAGACGGCAAUGAUCAUCUUGUUUGGAGUGUUUAUUCGAUACAAUGAAGAAUCGGAUGCACACUGGAUAGAGCACAGAAAAGCCAAAAAUAUAUCGAGUGACAUUGAGAAUGACUUCUACUUCAGAUAUCCAAGUUUCCAGGAUGUCCAUGUGAUGAUCUUUGUUGGAUUUGGCUUCCUGAUGACGUUUCUUAAGCGGUACAGCUUCGGUGCAGUGGGUUUCAACUUCCUCAUCGCAGCCUUCGGCCUCCAAUGGGCGCUGCUGAUGCAAGGCUGGUUCCACUCCCUGGACUACACUGAUGGGAAGAUCAAAAUUGGGAUUGAAAACCUGAUCAAUGCUGACUUUUGUGUGGCGGGCUGCUUAAUUGCCUAUGGAGCAGUGCUGGGUAAAGUCAGUCCAGUCCAGCUGCUGGUUCUGACUUUGUUUGGGAUCACACUAUUUGCUGUGGAGGAAUAUAUUAUCCUGAAUCUCAUACAUGCCAGAGAUGCUGGAGGCUCCAUGGUGAUCCACACGUUUGGAGGUUAUUACGGUCUUGCCAUCUCAUGGAUGCUCUAUCGGCCAAAUCUAGACCAGAGCAGUCGUCUGCAGGGCUCCGUCUACCACUCAGAUGUCUUUGCUAUGAUUGGCACCCUCUUCCUGUGGAUGUUCUGGCCCAGCUUCAACUCAGCCAUCACAGACCAUGGGGAUGGGCAGCACAGAGCAGCCAUCAACACCUACCUGGCUUUGGCUUCCACGGUGCUCACUACCAUGGCUGUCUCAAGCCUCUUCCAGAAGCACGGAAAACUAGAUAUGGUUCACAUCCAGAACUCGACUCUCGCUGGAGGCGUUGCAGUGGGAACAGCAGCAGAGUUCAUGCUGAUGCCCUACGGAUCUCUGAUCGUAGGAUUCUGCUGUGGUAUCGUCUCCACCCUGGGAUAUAUCUACCUCACUCCGUUCAUGGAAAAGCACCUGAAGAUCCAGGACACAUGUGGAAUCCAUAACCUCCAUGCCAUGCCAGGGGUCAUAGGAGGAAUUGUGGGAGCCAUUACAGCUGCAGCUGCAACAGAAUCAGUUUAUGGCCCUGAAGGGCUGAUUAACACCUUUGAUUUUGUGGGUGAUUUCAAAGACAUGGUACCCACACAGCAGGGCGGUCACCAGGCUGCAGGUAUCUGUGUAGCUAUCUGCUUUGGUGUAGGCGGAGGCAUCAUUGUUGGGUGUAUCCUAAGGCUGCCUAUCUGGGGAGAUCCUGCAGAUGACAAUUGCUUCGAUGAUGAGCCCUACUGGGAGCUCCCUGAUGAUGAAGAGAGCAUCCCACCUGUCCUGCAGUACAACAAUCACAUGAGGAACAAAGACGUGACGGAGUCAAAUUUCUCCAUGGAGCAGAACUGAACUGAUGAUAGGCUCUUACUCUCCUCAUGUGCAUAAAUAUUUGUUUGAUACAAUUAUUCUUCACCAAUCAAAACCAGUUAUUUUUCAUACAGAGAAUGACUGUUGACAGGUUCUUAUCUCUUUUUUGGUUGGUUUGUCUGAAGUAAAAAAAAAAACAAAAAAAAACACACACACAAUCUGCCAGUGGAAUAAGAUCUUGUCUUUUUCCAUAAGAUAUUUCAAUUUAAAUCUACAAAUAUUCAGUAAAAUAUUUGUAUUAAAUAUUAAAUGAAUGACAUUGUUUUGGCUCUAGUGGAAUAUUUGUCCUUAUUUCAACAUUGAGAGACAGGUAAAUGUCCUGAGAAAACAGGUGCAUUUUUCAGGUGCUAAGCGCCAGACUAAACUUAAACAUGACUGUGAGAACAUAUCCAUGGUUCCUUUUAAGUGCUUGUAAGAGAAAUAUUUAAGACCAUGUUUUGUAUUCCGUUUGCUUCAAGCCCAUGAGUUGCACUUUAAGGAUUUUCCGCUGGAGGUUUCCCAUCGUAGUUUGUCCUGAUUUUAAUAGUUUCAUCUUUUCCUUAUUGCCAUUCGAUGCAUUAAAAUAGAACUUAAUUUUCUGAGUCUUCAUAAAGAAUUUUUACACUGAGAUGUAAUGAGAGUUAUGGAUCAUGUUACUGAUUUUAAAAAUAAGAGCUGUGAUAUUUGUUUGACCUGAGUUAUGCUGUGACAUAAAGAAUAUUUGGUAAAACUUUACUUUAAUCCCCCUGUUAGCGUCUAUAAGUGUUGUAUAAACUCUUACUAAUGGUUUAAUACAUACUAUAAUGUAGUCGCAUGCACAAGUAAGGACUUCUUUAAGGUUUAUUAAUGUAAAAUAUUUGCACAUUUGUAUGUACAAUUAUAUCUACAACUUCUGCAGGAGUAAAUAGACACUUCAAUAGCACAUAUACAUUGUAAUGUGUUAUAAACAAUGUGUAAAAUGCUUAUAUACUGCUUAUAAAUGCAAAUGGGGGGGCGUAGUAGUAAAGUGUUUCCAGAUAUUUUCAUCCAUAUUAUCGAUCUGAAAAUUAAUAAUUUUGUCAAAGGCUGAUAUUUGUAUCAUUUAGAUAUUUAGACAUUAGACAGUAGAAUAUUUAUGUCAUGCUGUUUUGAAAAGUUUGUUAAUGGUAAUGUAAUUUUGAGAAUCAAUAAAUCAUUAUUAAUA